CAUUCGGCGAAUCUCAGAGAGGUUUUGCCUGGGAAGGAUAGUAUUAGGCAAAGCUAUAGCUACGCGGUCCUCCAGACCGCGAAGGGGAGCUGGCAGGGGUGCCGUCCCAGCCAAGCGGGGCGCGGGGACCAUGGGUGCCUGGACAUCCAGGACCCGGGUCCCGACGCCGGAGCCCGACCCCCAGGAGGUCCUGGACCUGAGCCGUCUGCCCCCGGAGCUGCUCCUGCUGGUACUGAGCCACGUGCCCCCGCGCACGCUGCUGAUGCACUGCCGCCGAGUGUGCCGCGCCUGGCGCGCCCUGGUGGAUGGCCAGGCCCUAUGGCUGCUGCUGCUGGCCCGGGACCACAGCGCAGCGGGCCGAGCCCUGCUGGCACUAGCCCGCCGCUGUCUGCCCCCUGCCCACGAAGACACGCCCUGCCCGCUGGGCCAAUUCUGCGCACUGAGACCGCUAGGACGCAACCUCAUCAGCAACCCCUGUGGCCAAGAAGGCCUGCGCAAAUGGAUGGUGCGGCACGGUGGGGAUGGAUGGGUGGUGGAGAAGAACAGGAAACCUGUACCUGGGGCCCCUUCACAGACCUGCUUCGUGACUUCCUUCAGCUGGUGUCGCAAGAAGCAGGUCGUGGACCUGGUGGAGAAGGGUCUGUGGCCAGAGCUGCUGGACAGUGGUGGUGUGGAGAUUGCUGUCUCUGACUGGUGGGGAGCUCGACAUGACAGUGGCUGUAAGUACCGUCUCUUUGUCACGCUUCUUGAUGCCCACCAGAACGUCAUAGAUAAGUUCUCCGCUGUGCCAGACCCCAUUGAACAGUGGAACAAUGAUGUCUACCUGCAGGUCACCCACGUGUUCUCCGGCAUCAGGAGGGGCAUACGUUUUAUCUCUUUUGAACACUGGGGCCAGGACACACAGUUCUGGGCUGGCCACUAUGGGGCCAGAGUGACGAACUCCAGUGUGAUCAUACGAGUCUGUCAGUCCUAGUCAAAAGGCCGCCAUUUUGGCAAGACAAUCUGAAUGUGCCUUCCUGGAGCUGUCGGCUGGAAUCCCUCAUGAGUCAAGUACUGUACCUCCCUGGCACAUGAAACUCUGGGAUCCAGUGAAGGGUCCUGCUUGGUCUUGUUUUCAGAGUCUGUAACAUUGAAGCCCUCCAUCAGAUCUACCUAUUGCUGCUGCUUUAGAGCAUGAGUGCCUGGGUGCCUGGAUGCAUGGAUGCCUGGGUUCCUAGAUGCAUGGAUGCCUGGGUGCCUGGAUGCAUGGAUGCAUGGGUGCCUGGAUGCAUAGAUGCAUGGGUGCCUGGAUGCAUGGGUGCAUGCUGGUCUCAGGUCACAAGCGGCCUCUAUUUCAGUUCACUCACCUCUUUGCCCUGUCCCCAGUAUUGAUCCCCCACCCUUUUUUGAGACAGGGCAUCCCAGCUGGCGACAACCCUCCUUUCUGCCUUUGACGCUCACGUGCUGGGACUACAGGCACACAGCAGUAUCACUCAGUCUUGUGCAGUGCUGGGGAUGAGCCCAGGGUUUCGUGCAUGCCAGGCAAACAUUCUACUAUCUGAGCAAUGUCCCCAGUGUCCCCUCUGGUCAUGUCCUGUUUCUGCCUCAGGGAUUGUCUCUGUCCCUUCACUGAGGCCCUCUACUUAGGGCUGAACAUAGGAUUUAUGGCUGUCAGAAUUCCAGCUCCUUUGGGUAAGGAACCAAAGCUCUCUUGGCUAGAGCCAGCCUCCUCAUUGAAGGGUGUUUUAGGGUAUUAUAUCUGCCCACAGAUUUUCUCCAAACAGUUGGGAAGUGCCUAGAGUCCAGGCCCCGAUCAUCAAAGAUGUCUAUAUUGUAUAAUAUUUAAAGUUAUUUUUAAUUUUCUCAAACAAUGAGAGAAUAUCUAUCUGGCAAUAUCUAUCUGCCAAUCUCACUGUAAUAAAUUGAUUAUUUUGCCUAAA